UGCGACAGAGCAGCAUGUAGACCGGUCUGCGGCGUCGGAGGAGAGGAAAGGAGAAGCGGAGGGCUUGCACAGUGCAGACCAUCUCAGCCGUCCCAGUGAACGCUGUACAUCGCUAUCAUCGCAGCAAUGUGGAUCCUGGACACUUCAUCCCCUCUCCUCCUGCUCUCCAUCCUGUUGCUGGGCUACAGUUGCCGUGCGGCGGACAUUCCAGAGGACACGACAUCAGAAUUCUCUGUCAGACUGUACCAUCGGCUGCAGGCGACAGGGGGUCAAGACAAUAUUGUUUUCUCCCCAUUGAGCGUGGCCCUGGCCUUGGGCAUGGUGGAGCUCGGAGCCAGGGGGGCAUCGCUCGAAGAAAUCCGACUGGCUUUAGGAUUUGACAACCUGCUGCCAGGUGCAGAGUUCUCUUUGCUCCAGAACCUGACGACAGCGCUAUCUGAGGAUGACACCCAAUACACGGUCCGCUUGGCCAAUAGUCUCUUCCUACAGGAGGGCAUCGCCUUCAACCCCGAGUUCCUGCAUCUGAUGCAGAAAUUUUUUCGAGCCCAUCUGUACACCGUCGACUUCGGCCAGUCAGCGGCUGUCGCAGAACAGAUCAACAGCUGGGUGGAGAAUCAGACCGAGAGUAAGAUCCGCAACCUUCUGUCUGCCGAGGACUUCAGCAGCGUGACUCGUCUGACCAUGGUUAACGGCAUCUACUUCAGAGGCUCCUGGAAAAAUCAGUUCAGGCCGGAAAACACUAGAACCUUCUCCUUCAGCAGAGACGAUGGUUCAGAAGUCCAGACGCUCAUGAUGUACCAACAGGGAGACUUCUACUAUGGUGAAUUCAGUGAUGGCUCCCAGGAAGCUGGCGGUGUUUACCAGGUCUUAGAGAUGCUGUACGAGGGGGACGACAUGUCCAUGAUGAUCGUCCUGCCUCGGCAGGAAGUGCCGUUGUCUUCUCUGGAGCCCAUCAUUAAGGCGCCGCUGCUGGAGGAGUGGGCCAACAAUGUUAAACGACAGAAGGUGGAAGUCUAUCUACCCCGGUUCAAAGUGGAGCAGAAAAUGGACCUUAAAGAAACUCUGCAGGAACUCGGAAUAAAGAGCAUCUUCUCCAAGGAUGCUGAUCUCUCUGCUAUGACUGUUGUUUCAGGUGGGAAGGAGCUUUAUAUUGGCAGGGCAGUGCAGAAAGCCUACCUGGAGGUGACUGAGGAGGGAGCAGAGGGAGCUGUCGGAUCAGGAAUGAUCGCCCAAACCAGGACUUUGGUGCUGUACCCACAAGUUAUGGCCGAUCACCCAUUCUUCUUCAUCAUCAGAAAUCGGAGAACAGGGUCUAUCCUCUUCAUGGGCAGGGUCCUGACCCCUGAAGUCAUCGAGCCUAACGACCAUGACUUUGACUCGAUGUAACUCCUGGCAUGAUGUCACUCAUUCUCAUCCAAUCAAAUUAAUCACACCUCUUCUAUCGUCACCUGUAUUUUAUAAAGAUAUCAAGUAUUGAUGAUGCGAUACUAUAUCUUGAAAAAAAGUGUUUUUUGAUAUAGAAAGGUCUGUGGAUGUAAACAUACCGAGGGUUGAGUAACGGAGAGCAGUCAAAUGUGAGUACAGGUUAUAUUCAUGCAGAAUCAUGUUCUAGUUAAUCUGCUCUAUCCACACACACGUGCACACAAAAUCCACAAGAACAUUUGAUUCUCUUCCUUUUGAAACAAAAACUAUCUAUUUGUACCCAUGUGUUUCCCUUAAAAGUAUUAAACAGUGAUCUCUAUAUGCUCAGUAUUUAUAGUGGCGAAAACAUGCAAUCGUCAGUCUUGCUCAUCAACAUUCUUGAGACUACAGUAUCAUCUUUUUUUUUCUUUUUUUUUUUUUUUACACAGCAGGCACAUGAUCAAACUACUGAACAACUAUAUGCCUUACCACAUGCGAGUGGUUGAUCAAGCCUUGCUUGGCAUCUCACAGGUGAGCUGAGGAGACUGCAGAGUUGCCAUAGAGACCAACUGAGGCUUGCUGGCACACUGAAAAAAAGGUCCACUGCACCAAUUUUUGGCUGUAUAUAUUUAAAGAGACAAUAACACCAGCUGUAUACACUCUUAUAAUCAAUAAAGAUCAAUGAUAUUAUGCUUA